CUUCCCACAAACACGGUCUUAAAUUUUAACCAAAUAAAUGCAGGCACAUUCACCCUUUGAGAGAAACACCAAUCGCUUCCACCCCUUCCACCAUUCUCUCUCUCUCUUUUCUUUCUUUUCUUUGUUUAAUAACGUGAGUAUUUGAUUCGACAAUGUUAAUGCUUUCUGCAGUCAAAUUCUCCAUUUUUCAUGUUCCGAUUUCGGAACACUUAAAUAGAUCUUGCUUUGCAGGAUUUUGAUUUUAAAAAAGGUUGGUUUUUGUUAAAUUUGUUAAAAGAUUUUGAUGAUUUUUAGGAUUUGAAUUAAAUUGUGAAGGGGAUAAAAGAACAAUGGGGGUGGAUUAUUAUAAUGUGUUGAAGGUGGAGAAGAAUGCAACAGAUGAUGAUCUUAAGAAAUCAUACAGGAAAUUGGCAAUGAAAUGGCAUCCUGACAAGAACCCUAAUGAUAAAAAAGAAGCAGAAACCAAAUUCAAGCAGAUCUCUGAAGCCUAUGAGGUCUUGAGUGACCCUCAAAAGCGAGCAGUUUAUGAUCAGUAUGGUGAAGAAGGAUUGAAAGACAUGCCACCACCAGGCAGCAGCAGGCCACCUUUCGGAAAGGGCACCAGUGGGCCAAAUGGGUUUAAUCCUAGGAAUGCAGAGGACAUCUUCGCAGAGUUCUUUGGAAGUAGUCCUUUCGGGUUUGGGUCAUCAGGACCUACUAGGUCUGCUAGAUUCCACUCUGAUGGAGCAAAGUUUGGAGGAUUUAAUUCGACUGACAAUAUUUUUCGAAGUCACAAUGAAGCAACUGCACCCAGGAAACCUCCCCCAGUUGAGAGCAAAUUGCCUUGCAGCCUUGAGGAGCUGUACACUGGAUCAACUAGGAAGAUGAAGAUUUCUAGAACUGUUGUCAAUGCUGCAGGGCGACAAGUACAGGAAUCAGAGAUAUUAACCAUAGACGUGAAGCCGGGGUGGAAAAAAGGAACAAAGAUAACAUUCCCGGAUAAAGGAAAUGAGCAGCCAAAUCAGCUUCCAGCAGAUCUUGUAUUCGUAAUUGAUGAGAAACCCCAUGAUUUAUACAAAAGAGAUGGCAACGACCUUGUCGUUAACCAAAGGGUGUUACUAGAAGAGGCACUUGGGGGUACAACAGUAAAUCUGGUUACUCUCGAUGGCCAUAACUUGUCGUUGCCUGUGACCGAUAUUAUCGGCCCGGGUUAUGAGCUCGUCAUUGCUAGGGAAGGAAUGCCAAUUGCAAAGGAAACAGGUAAUAGGGGUGAUCUUAGGAUCAAAUUUGAGGUGAAGUUCCCUACAAAUUUGACACCAGAGCAAAGAGAAGGACUGAAACGAGCUCUAGUGGGGGUGAAGUAGGAAUAUUUCAUAUGCACCGGCCAAGCCGCGUUAUUUGUCAGACUGAACUAAAACCUCAAAGCUGUCUUUGAUAUUGCCAUUGACGUGUACCAUCUUUGUUCUUCAAACAGAGAGUUGCCUUGCCUGUGUAUAAUAGUUUGACUGCAGGAUUAUCUUUGCAGCAGUGUACUAAACCCUAAACAAUCAAAAUAUAUCUACUAACACCCCCAGAAAAGUUACACCCGUAGCCUAUUUUUUUUUUUUUGGUUCUUUGUUUUCUUUCUCAUCUAUUGUUGUUUAAUUCUUAUAUUCUUGAGAGAUGUGGGUUGAGAUUCGAUAUGCAACAGUGUAACGUGCAGUUAUUUUUCUAUAUUUGUAACUGUAACUCUUAGAAGUGGUAAUAUAUAGAUUUGUAUAGAUUAGUAUCAA